AGAGAGAGAGAGAGAGAGAGUGAAUGGAGUGUGUAACGGAGACAGAAAUGUAGAAGUUUCUGGAAGUUAUUUAGCUAGUUUGUUAUUCAGCUAACUUCGGUGCGGUUUAAAUAUACCACUUUGGGAGGGGGGAAUGUGUUAUAAUUAUAUAUUUAAAAAAUAAAACAGGUGAAAUGAACAGAGUGUGCAGUUUGUAAGUAGCUUAGCUGAAUUAGCUGCUUGCUUUGACUGGGGUCUCGUGAUGCGCAGUCAUGCUGCUGAAGUGAAGUGAAGGGAAGAGACUACACUCACACUGUCCCUACACAUUUACACAGAGCUCUUCAGGAUGAUUCCUGUGGUGCCUGAGUUGUUCACUCAUGUCUUGGCUGAGUUCGACAGUUUUGACCCUUUGAUUUCUGCUCUGCGCCUUGAUUCAGGCAGACUUAAGUGCACAUGCCUUGCAGUGUCACGGAAAUGGCUUGCUCUUGGCACCUCAGCAGGAGGCCUGCACCUAAUCCAGAGAGAUGGAUGGAAACAGAGACUUAUCCUCACCCACAAGGAGGGUUCACUCACACAUAUAGCAUGUUGCCCUCAUGAUGAAGAUUAUAUUGCUGUAGCAACAAGUGAGGGUUUUGUAGUGAUUUGGGAGCUGCAGGUAGAGCGGCGAGGGCGUCCUGAGCGGGCAUGUGUAUCGUGGGAGCACCGUGGCCAGGCCAUAACAGCUCUGUGCUGGGACACAGCAGCCAUACGAGUGUUCAUUGGAGACGCAGCAGGGAAAGUGUCCUUUGUACGCGCUGGUACCUCCAAACUCGGCAAGGGUUCAGCAUUUGUGAUCUUCCCAGUUCAGACCAUCACGAAAGUUGACUCUCGUGUGGUGCAGUUGGGAUACCUGGAUGGUCAUCUGCUGGUCUCUUCUCUUAGCCGCUGCUACCUCUGUGACACUGAAAGGGAGAAGUUUUGGCGAGUGGGGAAUAAAGAGCGUGAUGGAGAGUACGGAGCUUGUUUCUUGCCGCAGCAGCAGACCGGAUCGAGGACACCAGGUGCAGGCAUUUCCCACCUUGUGUACUGUGCUCGGCCAGGCUCGCGCAUCUGGGAGGCCAACUUCAGCGGAGAGGUGCUUAGCACCCAUCAGUUUAAACAGUUGCUUGCCUGCCCUGCUCUGCCUCUCAUCUCUUGCAAGAAUGAGCCACAUUAUAACCCAGGUCAGAGGAGUCCUCAGUCCCUUGCCUUUCCUCGACUACUUCACUUCAGUGAUCAUAACCUUCUGACGUGGACAGACUCUGCCAUUUAUAUCUUUACACCCCACAGUGGGCAGGUUUUGCUAUGGACCAAAAUGAAAGAUAUUGUAGACAUGGCAGUGUUUCGCAAUGAGCUGUUUUGUCUCCAUGGCGAUGGGCAUCUGUCUCACCUGCUGUUGAUGCCUGUUGAACGCUGUGUGGAGAGACUCAUGAAGCGAGAGAGCUGGACACUGGCUGCUACUGUCUGUUGCAUGUUCCAGCAUGCUAUAGUAACAUGCAGGGCAAGAAAGACCAUCCCUAUUGAUCGCCUGGAACAUCUCAAGGCUCAGCUAAACUCCACCUCCCAGCAGGAGCUGAUUGGCCAGCUGGAGGCAGUGAUCAGCAAGUUGGAGCCUUUGGACUCUGCCUGUAGCAGUCGCAGAAGCAGCAUCUCUUCUCAUGAAAGCUUCAGUGUGCUGGACUGUGGUAUCUACCGCAUCAUCAGCCGUAGAGGCAGCCAGUCAGACGAGGACACCAGCUCAAUCCUUAGUCAAUCAAUGCUGGAGGAGGAAAGGAUGAAGGAGUUUAGCUUUGCUCAGGAGGAGGAGCAGGUAGAGCCUGACCCCCAGUCAUGUGUGCGUGUAGAGGGGGACAAAUCAGAUCUCGGCCUGCAGUUCCACCUCCCACUCUCAUUCCGUCCAAAACCACCACUCAUCGCACUGCAGGCUGUUAAAGACAGUGUUUCAAGCUUUGUGAAGAAGACUACAGAAAAAAUCAACAAUCUGCAGAUGAACUCUGACCUCUGGCCCCGACCUGACCAUAGGGAUGGUGGACAGGGAGAAGUCACACCCUUGGUGACUUCUUCUACAGAUGCAGUAGACAAUGAGGAGACUGUUGAGCAAGCAGAAAAUGAGUUACACGAGCUAAGGGCAGCAACAGAGAAAGCCCUCUUACAGAUCCAGGACCCUCUCAUUCUCUUGGAUCCCAGGUGCUUGACAGAGGUGCUCCUAGAGUGGGUCCCUGUUCUGGAAAGGGUCUUGGGUACAGAGGACCCCACAAGCAGAGAGAUGGAGAACGGGGAGAAAAAGGAGGAGACGAAGAGCUUGGAAAUGGGAGACGAUGACCCAGACAGACAGUCCUGUCCUGCUGUCCCUCAGGAUGACAGUGGAGAACGAUGCCAGUCAGAAACAGAGCACACCUCAAACCUUGUAGAGGAAGAAAGCCUUACAGACAGUAACCUCAGCUCCACUGCUACGGCUGCGGUGUCUUCAGUAGCCAUUGUAGCUCCAGUGGAGUACACCUUGCCCUCAGACCUCCAGGAUGACCUCUCUCAACUUGCGUGCCUCUACUUGGACUUAGGCUGCCCAGGUGGAGCAAGUGACGGAGGGUUGGAGAAGGUUCGUGUGUUUCUGCGGAGGUUCUUUUUCCUGCUGGAUAAGGAGAGAGUGAGGAAGAUGUGCACUUUGAGGUACAGGGAGCAGCCAGACAUCCUAAAUACCUUCAUCACUUGCAUGCUAGAGUUUACCCAGGCCAGUAAGGUGGUGGAAGUCAUUCAGAAAGGAGAUUUACUGAAGUCACUGCGCAGUCUGAGAGAGCUGCAGCCCUGGAAUGCUCCAGUGCUCCUCACACACCUUUACAGACUGUAUGAGAAGCAUGGGGAGAUGGCCGUUCGGGCAUACCCCCAGUUCUAUCCUACAAUCCUCCCCUCUGACAUCAUAGCCCUGGUCCAACCUAGUCACUUUUUGCCUUACCUAGACAACCUGGUUCAGUCCCAAGCUGAAGAACAAAGACUCUCUUUCUUAGGGUCACUCCUUCAGCCUGAGACACUACGACAAGUUUGGUUCGAUCUAGCUCUUAGCCAUGAUGCACCACGGAAAGAUGAUACGCUGACAGCUGAUGGACAUCCAAAGUGGCACUCUCACUACUUCCGCUGGGGUUAUGGACAGCUGCUGUCUUUACUGAUCCGCCUGCCUGCUGACUUCGACUCCAAACAGAAGAUGAUGGAGUCAUGCAGACUUCAUGGUUACUGGACAGGCUAUCUCUACAUGUGCAAAGAGCUGCAACGGCGCACUGAGGCUUUCUCUGCCAUCUGCAGAUUGGAUGAUAUGAGUCUACUGGAGGAACCCAAUGGGAUUGUUCCACAGAGCAUAGAAGAGUGGAUGUUCCUGAUUCAGCUUUGUCAACAGAGAAACUCCACGAGCCCUUCAACAGCCAUUUCACUUCUACCUUCUGACUCUACAACUUGUCCCUCCACCCCCAAUACAAUUAACGGCACCGGUGCCGAUAGCUGUGUGGAUAUCAGUAAUGGUAAGGGUAGUGAUGAUGUGUCCGUUGACCUGAUCGACGGUUCAGCGGAUUGGAGCAGCUGGAUCAGUGUGGAGAAGUUGGUACUGUGUCUGGCACGGAUUGUAGGGCCUGACCGGGCCCUAGCAGCGCUGCAGGAGUAUGGGCUGCACUCGGAGUUGAACACUCACGCUACACUGGUGUGUGAGCUGCUGAGAGUGGCAGAGAAGAGGCAGAGAGCUCUGAUCCAGACCAUGCUGGAGCGGUGUGAUCGAUUCCUCUGGUCUCAGCAGGCCUAAUGAAGAAUCCUCUUCACUGAUCUGCUCAUGUCCUUACUGCACCUCUCCACCAACCACCAGGACAAUCUGCAUGCACUCUUCUAGCUUCUACACUACAGUCUGCUUUCAUAUGUCCGAGAUCCUAGGUAUGUUAUUCUCAGUGUUUGCAUGUUGGUCUGGAUCCAGUUUUGCUGUUCACUAUCAGCUGAUUCAGUGUUAAUCAGAUUGUAGUUUAGCACUCUUUGUCUGGAACACUUUUUGGUUCUUUUGACCCAUUUUAAUAAAUCCUGUUCUGUUGUUGGUACUCUUUAAAGCUGCACUUUUUCAAUUAUAAGUUUGCAAUUAUGCUAUCCAGACCAACAUGUUAGGCAGGUUUGUUUGCUAUACGUUAUAUGAAAGUAUGCUUUUGAGUCGUACUUGUACACCAUGCACUAAACCCAAUUUAUGAGUCUGUAAGUAAUAUUUCACAGAAGUGCUAACCUUACCUUAAAUCAUUCUUUUUAUUAUUACAUAAGCAUGUGUAAGCUGUGUAAAUUUUUGUCUUUUGCUGCCUGUCCCUUUGCUGCUGACCCUUCAGUUGUGCUUGUGUUUUGACAGUAUUAACAAGUUUUUUCUUUUUUGGUUCAUAAUAUUUUGAAAUAUUAUUUGCUUAGAGUUAUUUAUCUAUUUAAUUGAACUUUCUCUUAAAAUAUCUGUGAACAUUUGUAGGUCUUAAAAACAAAAAUUGCAUACAAAUAAAUUCCUUAUAUAUGCUUAAUAUACAUUUUCAUUUGAAGACUUUUAUGUAGCUGUAUGUAAAGAUUAUGUAAUAAAAUAAGCGCAUUGUAUAAACUUUGGCUUCGCUGGUGACUUGCAGCCAUGGCAACUGUAAAGACAAUAAUAAACAUGUCUAAUGUAAGAAUG